AUGACAUCUUCCACAUCGAGUUGCCUUUUCUGCCAUACUGACGAUUGCCGUGACAAGUUGAUGAGAAAGAUGCCAAGGAAUAGGAGAGGAAUCGGCAACGGAUAAUAUAUGUGGUUGUUCGAAAUCUUGGGAGUGGAGGCUUAAUCUUGAAGUGGUCUCAACCUGAUGGCUUGAGGGUCUAAGGCAGCCGCCCGCGGCCCUGCCAUAGCUGCCAUACUCACCCCUACUAUUUGGGGUGGGAAACCUCAUUCUUGCUCCAGAGACUCUCCUAAAGCUCGAAACCUCUGAUGAUCAUGACUCACACCGAGCGCAGAAUAUCGGGACUUAACUUGAAUGAAUCACAACAAGCCCUGAGGUGCGGGGUAUUGGCCAUGGACGAACCCCGCACGUAGCCCACAGGCGCUAGAACGGGGAAUAUGGAGCAUAAUCCCCGAUGAGUACUGCCAGCUCAACUUCCAACUUCGACACUCCCCACCGGGUACGGCGGAUAAAUUGACAGCGAGGCUGAAUAAAAUAAGACUCCUUCUCGCUUUAAUACUUCGACUCUGUUUAUGUGUGUGUUCUCACAACCCAUCUAUUUUCCAUAUUUCAAUUAUUUCAAUACUACAUGCCACAAUGACUUCCGUCCCAACCAUUCGCUGGGGGAUAAUUGGUACGGGCUGGAUCUCAACUGAGGUUGUCAAGGACUUGAUUCUCGAACGCCCCGACGCAAAAGCUGUGCAUGUAAUCCAAGCCAUUGGCUGCUCUUCCCUUUCCAAAGGCCAAGCGUUUGCUAAGUCCACGAUUCCGCAUCUAUCGCCUACAGUCUAUGGCUCUUAUGCCGAGUGUUACGCUGAUCCAAAAGUCGACCUCAUUUAUAUCGGAACUCCUCACGCAUUCCAUAAGGAUAAUUGUCUCGAAGCCAUCCAACAUGGGAAGCAUAUCUUAUGCGAGAAGGCUUUCACGUUGAACGCACGAGAGGCACGCGAGGUAUUUGCUGCGGCAAAGGCCAAAGGCGUCUUUAUUAUGGAGGCUAUGUGGACGCGUUUCUUUCCGCUUAUGCAGACCUUACAACGGCUGCUGCAUGAUGAGAAGAUCAUUGGUGAUAUUCUACGGGUAUUUGCGGACUUUGGCCUCAACAUGGAUGUCAAAUCUUUAGGGCCCGAAUCCCGUUUGAAGAACAAAGCGCUGGGGGCUGGGUCUUUGCUCGAUGUUGGUAUUUAUAGCUUAACAUGGGGACUGCUAUGCUUGGAUCGAAAUAUUGCGGACAAGGCGGAGAAGCCAAAGGUCGUGUCCCUACUGAGUCUCGAAGAGGGUGUUGAUAUGACUUCAUCAUUUCUACUGUUGUACCCUUCGACAGGGAGGCAAGGAAUCCUCACUUCCACCAUGAGUGUAAAGUCCGAUGAAACAUUCGCACGAAUUGAAGGCAGCAAAGGAACCAUCUUUGUUGAGGGCCCCGGAACUUCAAUCCCAUCGAGGUUUAAGUACGUCCCAAAUAAUAAAGAUGAAAAGGAGAAGGUAUUUGAGUUUGAGAAGCCGGGCGCGGGAUAUUAUUACGAGGCGGAUGCUGUUGCCAUGGAUAUCCAAGCGGGGAGGACGGAAAAUGCGGUCAUGCCGUGGGCUGAGACAAUCAGAGUUAUGGAGAUUAUGGAUGACAUUCGGUAUACAAACGGAGCGUUAUUCCCUCAGGACGCAGAAUAGUUAGGAUGAAUGGUCUUUCUCAUGAAGUAGCCGGAGCAUCGAUCUGCGUGUCAUGGUGAUUAGGUUAUUAUUAGAUAAUUAUACUGAAAUUGUGCAUAGCUAUCAGACGGGUUCGGGAGACAGUGUCGCGCAAAGUGAGAGUUUUGUUAAUAAGUAUCAUUAAUAAUAAUACAGAUUGAUAGGGUUC